UCUUCCACAUUGUUCAACAUGAUUCACCUCUGUACUUGCAAUGAGCAACGAGUAAUUGUUUGCAUGUGCAAAAAAAGGAUACAAUAUAUUUAACCUGCUUGACUGUUGUUUGACACUCUGUGUCAGAGACUCAGAGACAAUCUCAAUUCUCAAACUGCAAACAGUCAUAAAGUUGACACCAAUCGUGCCAGUCCUCAUAAUAAUAACACGGUCUCACUGUUAUUAAAAAAAAAAAAUAAAAAUAAAAACACGAGUUCUCUAAGAUCAAUAAAUACGGUUCAACAAAUUUAAAACAACAACAAAAAAUCAAAUACAAAAAAAAAACUACAUACAUAUUAAAAAAAUAAAAAAAAGAGAUAUAAUAAAAAAGUUUUUUCAUAAUGGAUAAAACAAUUCCAAGUGUCAUAGAUCUGGAUAAAUGUUUUGUCAAAACGACAUUCUAUUUUUGGCAAAUUAAAAUUGCAUCAAUGUGCAUUUUUUUAUAAAAUAAAUAAUGAGAAUAAACGCAACAAAAAUGAGUACUCCGAUUGAGGAGAAGAUUGAUCAAAAACUCAAGGUCCGGACGGGCAUGAUAACUGUCAGCGAUGGCAAGAGUAAACCAAUUCCAAUGUUACUUAAUUUAUCAAUGGAAUUUGACCAAAUCAUGAAUCCAGGUCAACAAGAACGAAUGGUACAAAUAACAAGACAAAAAAUUGGUGGUCUUGGUUUGAGUAUAAAAGGUGGUGCUGAACAUAAAUUACCAGUUCUUAUAUCAAGGAUAUAUAAAAGUCAAGCUGCUGAUCAAUGUGGACAGUUAUUUGUAGGCGAUGCAAUAAUAAAAGAAAUGGUAUUAUUAUUAAUAAUUAAUUUUGCAUAACAGAUGAAAUUAUACAAUCGUAAUUUUGGAGUUGGUGAACGAAUUGAAUAUAUGGGCUGGGUUAAUGAAGCUGUGAGCAAUAGUAAUCAACCAUGGCAAAGUUAUAGGCCAAGAUUUUUGUCAUUAAAAGGACCAGAUUUGUUACUCUUUGAAACACCACCAUGCAACAUUGGUGAUUGGUCUCGUUGUGCAUUGACAUUUAAAGUUUAUCAAACAAUGUUUCGUGUUAUGAGAGAAUCAGAAAAUGUUGAUGAAAGACAACAUUGUUUUUUAGCACAGAGUCCUGGCAAACCACCACGAUAUUUGAGUGUUGAAACUAGACAAGAGUUGUUACGAGUUGAAGCUGCUUGGCAUACUGCUGUUUGUUCAGCUGUAACUCAUCUAAAAAGUAAAACUUUUCCAGUAACAUUUAAUGGAAAAACAGCUGGUCUGACACUUGAAUGGUCUCAAGGAUUUACAUUAUCUUAUGAUGGCCUUGGUGAAGCUGCAUGGAGAUUUAAAUUUUCACAAUUGCGAGGAUCAAGUGACGAUGGUAAAAGUAUACUUAAAUUACAUUUUCAAGAGUUGGACAGUAUAGCUAUAGAGACAAAGGAAUUGGAAUGCUCACAGUUACAGAAUUUAUUAUUCUGUAUGCAUGCAUUUCUAACGGCAAAAGUUGCAGCAGUAGAUCCAACAUUUUUAACAUCAACAACACCAUAAAUUAGGUACUUUAAUUUAUUAAAUUCGUGACAAUUAUAGAAACGACGAGUUGAGUAAGUGUUUAAUAAUUUUUUAACCUAUUUUUUUUUCAAAAUUUUUCAAGUACUAGUCACAUAUCCAAAAAAAGAUGAAAAAAAAAAAAUUUGCUAUAUAGAUAAUUAAAAUUAUUAAUAGCAAUUAAAUACUUUUUUUUUUUUUUUCAUAUCAUUUUAAGAUUUCAAUCCAAUGAAUUUUGUCUGCAAAUUUUAACUUUUUAUAAUUUUAAAAAAUAAAAAACAAAAAUAAAUAAAUUUACUUAAAUGGCUUGAAAACAUGAACAUGAAAAAAAUAUAAAUACAGCGGUGCAUUUUUUAGAAUAAAUUAAGUUUUUUUCUGACACAUGAAGCUUGAUAAAUUAAUAAACAUAAUAUUAAAAUAAAAAAAUAUUUCUAAAAUGAAUUUAAAAAAAUAAUGCAAUAAAAAAAAUAAUACUCGCAAUGUUUUUUAAUAAUAAAAAAAAAAAUACGACCAUGGUAGCAAUAUAAAAUAUAAUCAUAAAUAAUUAUUAAUUAUCAAUUGAAUAUUAUUGAUCAACACUUGAUGAAUACUUUCACGCAAUUGUUGAUAAUUAAAAAUAUAUAAAUUAAAUAAAAAUUUCGAAAUGAUUUUGUUUUUUUUUUUCGAUAGAAAUUUCGAUUUCAAUUUUUAUAAAUAUAAAAUUUAUCUUGUUAUGUUUUUUAAUAUUAUUUUUAAAUAAUACGUCUUGUUAUUUAUAAUUAGGCUCUACUAGUUUCUUCUCUCACAAUAUUGAUUAUAUUUUACCUCCUCAUAUUUUACGUACAUUAUUUAU